AUGGCUUGGCGCAGUUCGGGACGAACCAACAAAGAAUUGGUGGCGAAUUUGAAAAGUGAGUGAAAUUUGAGAUCGUGGGAAACAUGAUUUUUAGUGUUUGUUUCAGAGAAUGGUGUUUUUUCGUCGGAAAGAGUGAGAAUUGCUAUGGAAUUGGUGGAUCGAGCGGAUUUUGCGAAAAAUAAUCCGUAUGAGGAUAGCCCGCAAAGAAUUGGAUUCAAUGCCACAAUUUCUGCACCACAUAUGGUGAGCUGUUUUUGAGAAUCGGGAAAAUUUUAAAAUAUUGUUUGAAAGUUCAAAAUUUUGAAAUCGCUGUGAUAAUUGAUGUGUAAAUUAGAAUGACUAUUUUUGAGAAAAUCAAAAUGAAAAUGUUUUUCUAGAACUUGAAAUUUAGCUAAUGUAAGGAAUACUGUAAUCAGUUCUCUAGAGAAUUUCAAAAUCUUCAUGAUUUCGAAAAUAGAAUAAUCUGUAGAGAUUCGAGAAUCUUCAGUUCAUAUGAAUUACUGUAGCUGAUUAAAAAAAAAUAAUUUUGUGAGAUUUGAGAGAAAAUUACAGGACCUUUACAUUUUGAAAUUAAAUUUUGAAAAUGAUACUUUCUAUUGAACAUAAAAAAUAAUAAGUUCUUCUCGAUUUCAUGUAUUUCUUGUUAUUUUUUAGCAUGCAGCUGCUCUUGAAUAUCUCAAAGAUCAUCUCGAACCUGGCUGUAGUGCUCUUGAUGUUGGAUCAGGUAGUGGAUAUUUAACAGCUUGUAUGGGAAUUAUGGUUGGAUCAAAUGGAAGUGUUGUUGGAAUUGAACAUAUUCCCGAAUUAGUCAAACUCGGAAUCAAAAAUUUGGAGAAAAAUCAUGGAAAUUUGUUGAAAACUGGGAAUAUUAAAAUAAUCGAAGGCGAUGGUAGAUUAGGAUAUCCAUCAAAUGCACCAUAUAAUGCAAUUCAUGUUGGAGCAGCAGCUCAAGGAGUUCCACAAAGUGUAGGUUUUAUUGGGAAAAAAGUUAGAAAAAUAGGAAAGAAAGAAAGAAAAAAAAUAAUGUGGAGAGCAAAAAAGACAACAAAAAAUGAGAAAUAAAUUGAAUCGUGAAUUUGAGAUGAGAAGUAAGAAAAAGAGAGGCUCCUUAAUCUUUGAGAAAAUAGGGUAACAAAGCAUCAUAUUUUAUUUUGAAUACGGAAAACAUGAAAAUAAACCACGAGGUUUGAAUUUGAAUAAAUUACGAUAAACUGAUUGUACUCUCAGAACUUUGAUUUUUUGUACGAUUUCUGGUUUUUGUGCUUUUUAAAAAAGAGAGAGAAAAGGGGAUUAUGGAAACAUUUUGGUCUUCAAAAAAUUAUCAAAUCUGAAAAGUUAUGGAAAAUUAUCAUUUUUGAGUAAUGGGGGAAAUUUCAGGCGUGAAUUCCGAGAAAAUGAUUUCUAAAAGUUAUCGAACAUGUUUUUCAGGUUUUAAUAAUUUUGAAAAUUUUGUUUAAAAAUGGGUUUUUGCGACAUUUAUCGAAAAUUACCCAAUUGAAAUUUUCAGCUAAUCGAACAACUUGCUGCAGGCGGUCGAAUGAUGAUUCCAGUCGAAAUGAAGACUGGAAAUCAAGUUUUCAUGCAAAUUGACAAACAACAAAAUGGUACAAUUGUUGAAAAAGUUGUGGAACAUGUUGUAUAUGUUCCUUUAACUGAUCGAAAUAAACAACUCGGAAUUCUUCGAACCUAA